UUGUCAAACGAAAAAUGUCCUCAGCAGUGUCCAGACGGAAUAGCUGCCGUGGAAAUCAGUGUGGAAACCGGGCAUCAUCUGAGUGCCAUGUCCGCCGCCGGGGCUCCAGCUGUUCUUACUUUUCCCCCGGAGCGCAAACUGAGGACUUUUCAGUCAGUCUGAGACAGUCGAUAUUUACUAUAACGCUCCGGUUUCUGUUGGCUAUAGAUCUGUGGCUGUCCAAGCGGCUCGGAGUAUGCGCCUCUGAGGAGUCUCCAUGGGGCAGCAUAAGGCCCCUGGUGCGACUGGUGGAGUUCUCCGGGCAUGUCAUCCCGUGGCUCAUCGGCACUCUGUACACGCUGCUCGGUGGAGAAACUGUGGCGGAGCAAGAGAUCAUGUUGAAUUUGGCCCUGGCUCUGCUGUUGGAUUUGUUGCUGGUGAGAGUUGUAAAGAGUCUGGUCAGACGUCGAAGGCCUGCCAAGAACCGUUCAGACAUCCUCUCCACCUUCUUCGUGGAGCGCUACUCCUUCCCCUCAGGCCACGCCACACGGGCGGCUAUGUGUGCCCGGUUCCUCCUCGCCCAGCUGGUGGACACAGCCUCCAUGCGGGUGCUAGUGGUGGGAUGGGCCGGCCUGGUGAGCCUCUCCCGGCUUCUGCUUGCCCGACACUAUGUAACAGAUGUGGGCUUUGGUUUGGCUAUGGGCUACUGCCAGUACAGCAUAGUGGAGAGGUUGUGGGUGAGCUGGGACUGCCUGCAGGACCUACUGCUCGUGAGGCUGCGAGAGAGACUCAACAGAGUUUAUGGUGGACUCUGGAUGGCAGAGUGGAAACAUUAGGUUUGGUGGAACUGUGUGUAUGUGGGGAAAAUGUGUAGCAUGAGUGUGUAAUUCAAAAUUCCCUGCUGUUUGAAAAAAUGAACUUUAUUUAUUAUUGUAUCAUAGCAAAGUUAGUUGAAUGUGCUUAUAUUUUGUUUAUCUGUAUCUAUUUUUAAAGGUGUUUGUUAGUGUAUUAUUGUAUUUUUUUAAAGGAAUUCAGUGAAAAUAUUGAAAUGAAUGGCUUAGGUAGUCACUUGUGGGUUGUAGCUAGAUGUACCUGCAGCUUAUUUGCACAAUUUUAUUGAUGAUACAUGGACUUAAUUCCACAAUGCUGAAACCAAAGCAGGAUUUUAUUAGAGCCUUUUUUUUUUUUCAAAAAAACAAGUCUAUUAAAGUUGACUGUGUAACAUUAACAGAUGCAGUUGUAUAUCUUACUGAGAGAUCACAGGGAG